GAGUUGGAAUCAACUGGUCCUAAAUCUAUGGUCCGUUCAGCAUCGUUUGCGAAAAACAAAAAGGUCGCAUUGAAACGAAAGAGGGAUGAUCUAUUGGACAACGAAUUGAAUAAGGAAAAAGAUCCGUCGAUGUCUGACACAGUUGGUGAAGCAACUAAGUUAAUUGAAGAAAGCGCAGGUAAUACAGAUGAUAUCAAUAAUGGUCAUGGGUCACCCGAUCGACUUGCAUCGCUCUCGCAAAAAACAUCUGCUCGAAAGAAAGUUAAAAUAAAUAAAGUUUCCAAGCAGGACGCAAACGAUGGACAAGGUAGUUUAAACCUGAGCCAUGUGAAUCCCCUAAACAACACAUCCGACGAUAGAUCAACGUCUAUAAAUGGUAGAAUUACCUCGCAAAAGAAAAAGCAUAAUAUAAGAACGACUAUUCGUGGAAAGAAUGUGCUGAGAAAGACCUCACUCAACGAAGAGGAUAGUGCUGAGAUAAUUUCUGAGAGCAUCGUGAUUAAUUCCCCUUCUAUGAACAUUGAGGAACAUAAAUCUAGAGUAAAUGGAAAUUUUACUCUACAGACAAACGAAACGCUAUUAAAAGGAAAUUCCAAGAAAGAGUCAUCUAGUAAAAAAAAGAAAAAGCGUACUAAGGUUUCUGAUCAAGAGAUUUCCGACGAAAUUUUAAAACUGACUAGUUCAACAAUAAGCCAAGUGCAAAAUGGUAUGUCUUCUCCUCAGUCUCCAAUAAAUGGGUCAACGGAAGGGUUUAAUUUACUGAAUGGAGAUGAUAUCGAAAUCAAAGAAGAAAAUGAUUCGAUAAACAUAGCAACACCAAAGACCAUCGAAGGUGAUGAUGAAACAUCGACACCGAGUGCGACUUCGACUAGGAAUGGACGAAAUAGUAUGCCUGCACAAAAAGAAAAAGGCAAUGUUUCACAGCAAAGAGGGGGAAGGCGCUCUCCGUCAUUGAGAAUAAGAAAAGGAACAUCGAGAAAGAAAUCUCGUUCUUCUCCAUCAAAUGGAAGAUCAAGAAGUGUAAAAACGGUCGAAGUACUUGAUUCCGAUAACGAAUUUGUUGUGGAUAACGCUAUACCUACUUCACGCGCUGAUCGUGGAGAAUCAUUAGGACAAUUACAAGUAAGGCCUGUUGAGGCCAACCUGUCUCGAUCGGGACGACGGCGUACCAAAA